UCACUUCAAUUAACUAAGGGCAAGUCAGCAGCAGCAUCUGGCUGCAACUUUUAGCUAGACCUAGUGAAAUCAUAUUUAUUUUUUAUCUCCAUCUGAAACAAUGCAGUCCGAUUCGCUGUUGCACGUCGCUAAUUUCAGCACCCUGUUUCUGUGCAUGGUGCUCAAGUUCCCUCAGAUCUUUGUUCUGAUGAGAGCAAAGUCAACGACUGGAGUCAGCCUAAACAGUCUGCUGCUCGAGUUAACCGGGUUCAUUGUGUUUGUAACAUAUCAGAUGUACUAUGACUACCCGCCUCCAACAUACCUGGAGUAUCCCAUCCUCAUUGCUCAAGAUGUCAUUCUUCUUCUCCUGAUCCUUCACUACAACGGCAGCCUGCGGCAAAGCCUUGUCUACGCCUUGGUGUUUGUCGGAGGUUGGAGACUCCUCACUCUGGACAAGUGGAUCAUAGAUCUGGCGAUGAGCCUAUGCACAUUCAUCAGCGCCGGCAGUAAGUUUGCCCAGCUGCAGUGCCUGUGGAGGUCUAAGGACGCUGGACAGGUUAGCGCCCUCUCCUGGGGAAUGGCUACCUACACUUGUAUGGCGCGGAUCUAUACCACCACAGUGACGACUGGAGACAUGCAGGUUCUGGUGCGCUUCAUCGCCAUGACUCUGCUCAACAUGUGGGUGCUGCUCACGGUGCUCUACUACCAGAGGAACAGCAGCAGGACCAAGAAGGAUGAAUAAGCUUUAAAGCUGUGUUGCUGUCCAGCUGUUCUGUGUCUUCCUGCUCCGUUUACCAGAGAGAUCCCGGUCCGGUUCCUCUCCUCACAGAAAGCAUGGGAAACAAAACAGAUAAAUAUUAACGGUUAUGUAAGAAGCUUUUGUAAUACUGACCCAUAAAAUGUACUUUUUAUGAUGUUUUUACCUCAGUGUUAAACCGGCACGUUUCUCUUUAUACCAUUCCAAUGAGUCAACGAGAAUAAUGUAAUUCAUACUGUAUGAGACAAAGAUGUAUUAUUAGAUAAACCAGCACGAGCCAAGAUAUCUGAGGUCACUCUACUCAGGUUAAGAAAGACUGAAUUUUAAUGUUUUUAUGAGUGUUAACUUCUGUUUUGAAUUAUUUUAAUAAAGCAAACAUUGUACCUUCAAA